ACCGCGCGACUGGCCGGCCCAGCUCCGGGCGGCCGCCGAAGCAGGGCCCGGGAUGGCACUCUCCGCGACAGAGCUCAUUAUCUUCUCCCUCCUGCAAACUGCCCUGUCCCUGAACCCCGAGGACCCCAACGUGUGCAGCCACUGGGAGAGCUACGCCGUGACCGUCCAGGAAUCAUACGCACACCCCUUCGACCAGAUCUACUACACGCGAUGCACGGACAUCCUCAACUGGUUCAAGUGCACCCGACACCGGAUCAGCUAUAAGACGGCGUAUCGGCGUGGCCUCCGGACCAUGUAUCGUCGCAGGUCCCAGUGCUGCCCUGGCUACUACGAGAAUGGGGACUUCUGCAUACCCCUGUGUACGGAGGAGUGUGUGCAUGGCCGCUGUGUUUCCCCAGACACCUGCCACUGUGAGCCCGGCUGGGGAGGGCCCGACUGUUCCAGCGGCUGUGACGGCGACCACUGGGGCCCCCACUGCAGCAACCGAUGCCAGUGCCAGAAUGGAGCCCUGUGCAACCCCAUCACGGGCGCCUGCGUGUGUGCCGCCGGCUUCCGCGGCUGGCGCUGCGAGGAGCUCUGCGCGCCCGGCACCCACGGCAAGGGCUGCCAGCUGCCGUGCCAGUGCCGCCACGGAGCCAGCUGCGACCCCCGCACCGGCCAGUGCCUCUGCGCCCCCGGCUACACGGGAGUCUAG